GUUCUUCGUUGCCCGACUCUGUCGGCGGGACGCGCAACGCCGACGCGGCGGUGGCACCGGUUCCCUCUCCCUGCGCGUCCCACAGUUGCCCGACGCCCGACCGCUUUUUUUUCCUGCUGACGCAAGACGCAGCAGCCAGUCUCGUAGCACGCCUCUCCGUCUACGCUCGUCGUCCCUCGAGCGACGCCAUUCCGCACGACGCAUCAGCGGCCGAUAGUUUCCUCGGCGACGGGAUAAAAAAACCGCGGCGAUAAGCACUCUCGAUGGGGGCCCCCCACCCGACAACCACAAGGCCGGGGCUCCCUCUCCACUAGAGCGCCACCACGGCCAGCGGCGGCAGCAGCCAGGUUCCACCAUGGCUAGGCCGGCCAUGGAGCGAGGAUGCUCGCGAGUGUGCGUCAUACUGCUCUACCUGAUUGGCAUGCUGCUCAUCAUAGCCGGCGCCGUCGCGGGUGGCUUCAUCGUCAACUACCCCGACAUCCUCUUCUAUCUGGCCCUCGCGUCCGGGUCAGCUAUUGUUCUCGGCAUUCUGUUUGUGUCGUUGUCGGCCUGUGUUUGCACGAGACGUAGGCCACUGUCCUCCAAGGAUGCCCAGCGGAAGUUUGCCGCGCCAACGUCGAACGGAGUCAAGGGCAGCUUGAGCACCGACUUCAAGGAAGCGUCCGUGAGCUCGCGGGAAGAGCUGAACGGCUCAGCACCGUCUUCGCGGCCCAGCGACGGAAUGUUGAACGUCGCGCUCGAGAAGGGCGAGUUCUUUCACAAUGCUUCCAUCGACACGUCCAACCCCAAGAAGACGCAGCAGAAGCCCGUGACCAGCUCGCCGCGGACGACGAAGGCAAAGCUCGUUCGAGAGGACGCCGUGUUCCCUGAGCCGCCGAAGGUGGCGGAGAUCCCCGUUGCUCAUCGUUCGCAACCCGACAGCACUCGAAAGGCAAAGGCUAAGAACGGCAAGCUUCCCAAGUCCCCCGCGAGCGUCGGUGACUUCGCCUCAUUGGGAUUUCAAGAAGACGACGGCGUCUUCGCGGCAACGGACGCGAAGGGCAAGCCCACAGUCAAAGGCCGAGGAAAGGUGCCGCUGACGGCGUUCAAACAGACGUCCAAGUCGGUUUCAGACCUGGACGACGAGUCGUCGUUCGAUUCCACUACGCGGGCUCCCCAGCAGCGCACUGCACUGACCCGUCCGGAAACACCGCAGAUGGAGCCUCGGCUGGCGGUCAGCUGCCACAAUAUUCUAAGCGAGGAGCCCGUGCGCGUGGGCAUCGCCCACCUGCGGCAGCGCGAGGACACGGUGGCCAGGAAACCUCCGGUGCCGCGCAAGGUGACCGGCAUAGCGCUGCCGGGCAUGGUUCAGCGCGCGGCCCCAGCCGGUGCGUCGUCGCAGAGCCAAGACGACCUGAGCCGCGUUCGCCUGAAACCGGCUGACCAGAAGCCUCGAGGUUCGCUGCACGACCACGGGCCGGAGGACGGCAAGCAGAGGCUUCAGCACAAGUCUGUGCCAGACUUUUUCCUGCAGGACGGCGGCGCCAAGCUCACUCUGCUGGACAGCAGUUCCAGUUCCUACGGCAAGUCGAGCCGAACCACGGCGCCAACUUCCGAGACGCCGCUCAACACGUCGUUGACGUCGUACGCCGAGCCAGUUGGGCCCGAGGACCUGCACAGGUGCAAUACAGUGGGGCUGCCGCCUGUCCCACUUCCGAAGCCGACGACGAGCGGACAGCAGUUCCGCUUGUACACGCCCAAGGAGGACGCCCUUGUGAUGGACAAACAGCCGCUGAUGGCUGACUGGGCGGCCAGCGUUUCUUCCAAAAGCGACACAUUUUCUAGUGACGAGGCAGAAUGCCAGAGACAGCUUAGCUCGUCCCAGGAGCUUCUUAUGGGAAGUGUCAAGUGCCUGGAGACUGAAAUCUAGUUUUAUGUGUGCAUUGCCGACGAUGAAGGCGCCUGGUUGUGUCCUUCGAUGAAUAGCAAGUGGACAUUUAGUUGACGCUUUGUUUGCUACGUCCACGAGACUGCCAAAUGCAAUCUACUGUCGUGGAAAUUAAAGUGUGGUGAUAUUAG